UCUCUCUCUCUCUCUCUCUCUCUCUCUCUCUCUCUCUGUCUUGUGUCUCUCUGUGAGUGAGUGUGUGUGUGAGAGAGGGGAGAGAGAAACCCCAUAAAAUCCCAACCCCAUUCUUUUUCUCUCUCUACUUUCUCACUCCUCUGAUCGGAACCUCUCAUUCUGGUCUUCGGAUUCUGGGUGUAGCAAUCUGCACUCUUCUUUUGGCUCCGUACAAUGGAACGGUACGGCCGUCCCGGCGAAGGGCCGCAGCCUGAUCCGCCGCCGGAGUGGAACGUCGGCGCCGGCGACACGGGGCUCGAAGAGUCUAUGUGGAAGCUUGGAUUGGGUGGUGGCACCGAAUCGUACCCUCAGAGGCCUGAUGAAGCUGAUUGUAUCUAUUAUCUCAAGACAGGUUUUUGCGGCUAUGGUUCGCGUUGUCGGUUCAACCACCCACGUGACCGUGGCGCGGUUAUUGGAGCUGCCAGGAGUGGAGGGGAGUAUCCGGAGCGUGCGGGCCAGCCUCUAUGCCAGUAUUUUAUGAGGACAGGAUCAUGCAAAUUCGGUUCUUCUUGCAAGUACAACCAUCCUAGGCAGGCAGCAGGAACUCCUGCACUUGUCUCACUAAAUUAUUAUGGAUAUCCGUUGCGAGUGUGCGUCGUGAAAACUGGGCAAUGCAAGUUUGGUGCUACUUGUAAAUUCCAUCAUCCACAGCCUGCAGGUGUCCAAAUUCCCGCACCAUCACCAGUUCCCCCGGUUUCACCUCUACCUGUACAGGUACCUUCUCCAUUAUAUCCAACCGUGCAGCCUCCAUCUGGUCCUUCGCAACAGCAAUAUAGUGUACUGGUUGCAAGGCCUCCGUUGCUGCCUGGCUCAUUAGUCCAGGGCCCUUAUGGGCCUGUGGUAGUGUCCCCUGCCAUGGUCCCCUUUCCAGGCUGGAAUCCUUAUCAGGCUCAAGCAACAAGCCCCCUACUUCCCUCUAGUACUCCAUCUAAUGUUGGUCCAACACAGCUUUACAGGAUAACCCAGCUGCCUUCUCAGGCAACUGGGUAUUCUGCACCUUAUCAACCUUCUGGCCCCUCUGUUGAUCCUUCAGGUAGUAGUACUCAGAAGGAGAACCCAUAUCCUGAAAGGCCUGAUCAACCAGAAUGUCAGUAUUACAUGAAAACAGGGGAAUGUAAAUUUGGUCCAUCAUGUAGAUAUCAUCAUCCAUCAGACCUUAAUGCACCGAAGGGGAAUGUGGCCCUUAGUCCUGUGGGUCUUCCUUUGCGCCCGGGGGCACCACCUUGCACUCAUUAUACGCAGCGUGGAAUCUGUAAGUUUGGUCCUGCAUGCAAAUUUGAUCAUCCCAUGGGUUCUCUCAGUUAUAGCCCAUCUGCUUCUUCCUUGGCUGAUAUGCCGGUUGCACCGUAUCCCGUGGGUUCCUCAAUGGGCACUCUUGCUCCAUCAUCAUCUUCAUCAGAGUUGCGGCCUGAACUUGCUUCAGGAUUGAGCAAGGAGUCUGUUUCAUCCAGAAUGUCUUCAUCGAUGAGCACUUCAAGUGGAUCAGUUGGCUUGACCUUGUCAACUGCAGGACCAAUUUCUCAAUCGGGCACCCAACCCUCUGCUCAGAGUUCCAGUUCUUCAGCAACUGCCAGCAGCGCCGCAACAAGCAGCGCCACAUCUCACACCUCAAGCUAAGCAAUGUGAAUGCAUUCCUCAUUAUUACUCCUUUUAAUCUCAAUUUUUCAACUGGACAUCAUGAUUUAUUCAAAGAGGUCCUCAAAUAGGUUUUAUUUUUCAGUUUAUCCCAGUUCCACAUUCAGGUCUAGUACACAUUGCACCAAUCAAUUAUCAUUGUGUUCAUAUAAUCUUUUUGUGGCCAUCCCUUUUAUCCCAAAUAAAACCAUGGCCAACCUCGAGAAUUUUAGCAACUCAUACAGCCAGCCAUCUUGCUUCCUUCCGAAUAACCUCAAAAGAUUCUGCAAGUCCAUUCUUCAUGUCCCUCCCUCCUGAUCUCCAAUUUUUUUUGGAGUUUGUUGUGCUUAUUUAUGAUUCGAUCUUUUUUUAUUCGAGAAAAGUUCUAUUGACCAUGUGUUGUUGUUUAUGUCUCUUCACCCGAAUCCUUUUUUGAAGCUGGGAAGGUCAUGGUAGAUACUGUUCCCUACUUGUGUAAGGUUUGCUGUGAAGAGAAGUAAUCAGGAGAGUACAAUGAGGCUUUGCAUUGCUGUCUUAUUUUUAUGUUUUUAGAUACACAGUCAUGUUGUUCAAUGUUGUGACAAGCUUGCUACUUAAAUUUAUUACACAAUACAUAUAUCAAGAAACACAUUUAAGUUAACACAUUUUAAA